GGCAGCUCCCAGCAUGCUGUGCUGCAGCCUGGCCCAGCAGAAAUGACAGAGUCGUCUUAGCCCCAAGGCCAGGACCGUUUUCCCCGGGUUGGGGCGCUGACCUCAGUUCUCCACUAAACCCGCGCUGGGGGACUCAGUUCAGCUCAGCCUCUCACUCCCUUUGCACAGUCAGCGGCCCCGUGCGCCCGACCCCCACGGACGCCAUGGAGCCCGUCUGCCUGGUAGAGCCGGUGCCCAGCUCUGGUGCCCUGCGGGUGAACCCGGCCGCCCUGGGCCUGCUCCGAGGCCUCACCCGGCCCCUCCACGUCCUCGCCGUCUUCGGGCCCUGUGGCACCGGGAAAUCCUUCCUCAUGGACCGGCUGGCGGGGCAGGGCGAAGGUUUCCCCUGCUCCCCAGGGAUCUGGGUGUGGUGCCUGCCCCACCCGACUCAGCCUGACCAGGCCCUGGUGCUGCUGGACACAGAGGGAUUCACCGAGGAAGAGGGCGAUGAGACGAAGCUCUCCCGACUCUUCCUCCUGAACGUGCUGCUCAGCAGCGUCUUUGUCUAUAACACCAGGAGUGAGGGCGACCCCCAGAGGCAGCUCGACCGCCUGACGUACGUGAGGGAUCUGCCCCGGGUAGUGCGAGUGCGGGACGAGUGCUCCUGGGAGAAUAGUUUCCUCCUGAGCAGUGUGCUGCCCGACUUUGUGUGGUGCCUGCGGGACGUGUCGCCCGACCCCUGCCUGGACGAGGUGCUGGAAGCCACGGCCCACGAGCUGGACUCGGCUCUCAGCUCCCCGCAAGAUUCGGAGGACUCCCCGUCCAACUGCAUAGAGAGGUUAUUCCCCUGCCAGAAGCUGUUCCAGUUCUGCUCCCCCCGAGCGGAUGGAGGGCACGGCGAGCGGUUCCAGGAGCAGAUGGGGCGUUUUAAGGACUACGCCUUGAGCCGGAGCCCGAAGACCAUGGUGGGGAACAGACUGGUUGAUGGGGCGUUCCUGGCUGAUUUCCUGGAGCGCGUCGUGGACCUGCUAUCCCGGGACGAGCCCGUUCUCUUGAGUGAGCUCUGCAAUGACUUGCAGAUGGAGCGCGUGGUCCCGCUUCAGGCAUCUCGACCCGCCCUGCCGGUCCUGGCCAAGGUUGCCCCCGGCACGGCACAGCCAGGCGCCAUGGAGGAGCCGAUGUGCCUGAUCGAGAACAGCCCGGAUGGGGAGCUGCAGCUGAACCAGCGAGCCCUGGCCCUGCUCCAGAGCGUCCGCCAGCCCGUGGUGGUGGUGGCCAUCGCCGGGCUAUACCGCACCGGCAAGUCCUACCUCCUGAACCGACUGGCCGGCAAGGACCGGGGAGGGUUCUCGCUGGGCUCCACCAUCCAGUCGCACACCAAGGGCAUCUGGAUGUGGUGCCUGCCCCACCCCUGCCGGGCCGGCCACACCCUGGUGCUGCUGGACACCGAGGGGCUGGGUGACGUGGAGAAGGGCAACGUGAAGAACGACGCGUGGAUCUUCACGCUGGCCGUGUUGCUCAGCAGCACCCUGGUCUACAACAGCCUGGGCACCAUCGACCAGUGCGCCCUGGAGAAGUUGCACUAUGUGACGGAGCUGACGGAGCGCAUCAAGAUGAAGGCGGCCGGCAGGGGCGGCCGGCAGGAGGGGGAGGAUUCAGCUGAGUUUGUGCGGUUCUUCCCGGCCUUCGUGUGGGCCGUGCGGGAUUUCGCGCUGCAGCUGGAGCUGGACGGGCGGGAGAUCACCGAGGACGAGUACCUGGAGAACGCCUUGAAACCCAGAGAAGGCCAGCCCGAGAAGCUGGAUCUGCCCAAGAAGUACUUGCGCCAGUACUUCCCCUCCCGCAAGUGCUUCGUGUUCGACCGCCCGGCCCCGCGCCGCGACCUGGCCCGGCUGGACGAGCUGCCCGAGGCAGCGCUGAGCCCCGACUUCCUGGAGCCGGCGCAGCACUUCUGCAGCUACAUCCACCAGCACGCGGGCACCAAAACCCUCCCCGGCGGCCACGUGGUGACGGGCACCUUGCUGGGGAACCUGGCGGUGACCUACGUGGACGCCAUCCGCAGCGGGGCGGUGCCCUGCAUGGAGAGCGCGGUGCUGGCCCUGGCGCAGAUCGAGAACUCGGCGGCGGUGGGGGAGGCCGUGGCUGUCUACAAGGAGCAGCUGGGGCGGCGGGCGGCGCUGCCCACGGAGACGGUGCAGGAGCUGCUGGAGGUGCAUGCCCAGUGCGAGCGGGAGGCGCUGCGGGCGUUCAUGGCACGCGCCUUCAAGGAUGACGACCGCCUCUUCCAAGGGGAGCUCAUGGUACGGCCCCUCGCGCCGGCCCCGGGGGUUAUGGGAUAGCUGCCCCUCUGCGGGAUGGGGGGAUGGGGCUCCCUUGCACCCUGGCCCCCUUCCAUGGGGAAUCUCCCAGCCCCAGUGUGACAGGUUCCCCCUGGGGAGCCACCUGGAAUUGGGGUACCACAGAGCCCCCUGACCCACCAGCCUGGGCUCCCUCUCACACCGUACUGCUGUGACAAGCUACAAAGUCCUCCAGCUGCACUUCCACCAGCAUCACACAGGUCAGGACACACCCAGCUGCCAGGGCCGGCUCU